AACAGAGAGUGAGUGACUCCAGAAGGCAACAUAGAGUGACAGUGGGAAAGAAGAGGAAGCGUUGUCGUUUUAGUAUUAUUGUAAAACUCUAAACCCUUCGAGCCUCAUGUCGACCUCCGAGGACCCAAAUGUAACAACCGCACAAGAACCAGAACCAGAGGCAGAGGCAGAACAGGAACAGGAGCAGCAAUCGGAAGAAUGGGAGACGAUGGCUCGAGCGUGGCUCUGUUCCUUCCCGGAGGCGAAGGAAGUGAGCAUGGCAGAAGUGGAGGCGUGGAUAGACUCCAACCUUGCCUCUCUUCCGGAAGGCCUCCGAUCCAUGCCUCGCCCCGAUCUCUCCAACCGACUCAUCUCUUUCCAGAAUUGCAUCAGACUCCCCAACCAGGAACAGGAAGCGAGUCAGCUUGAUCUUCCGCACGCGCGGUUUCAGCGCACUGAUCAGUGGAUUCCGGUGUAUUCGUGGCUGGAGACUUUGGAUAAGGAUGAGGUGGUUAAGUCCAAGGAGAUUUCUGACUGGUUAACGGAGAACCCUAAGGUCCAAGAACAGUUGUGUUCCCGGCAUUCGCGAUACCAUUUGAUGCAUUACAUAAAAAAAUGCCAUCUCAAGAUAUUAAAAAGAAGGGAUAAGAAGAAGGGUGUAGAACAGCCUGACAAAGACUCGCCGUUGAAGGUUCAGAAAGAUGUGGUGAUGAAACACUCAGCUCCCCUUCCAAGUAGUUCUGUAAGUAAUCUGCCCAAAGAUAGCGAUUUGUUCAUGGCCAAAAAAAGUGAAGCCUAUCGUAAAUAUGAGAUUUUAGUGGAGUUGGAGAAGCUGCUUUCCCCCACAUUCUCAAAGCAACCUUAGCAUAUAAAUCAAUUAGUGUUGGAAACAUCAACUGUGGUGGUGUCUGCAGAUUGUCAUUCCCUGUGCAAUGCUGUGGCUCGUAAGUGUUUAACUUGAUAGGUGUCUAUUCUCUUUACAUUGAAUGGUAGAUCAUAUAUGUAAAAAGUAGUGUAGCAGAAAUAUUUUUACCAUCAUCUGACCAUUAAAGCAACUUCAGAAAUGAUAAGUCUGAGCUGGUCUGAAGUUUCCCAACGAGUAAUUAAACAUUUUUGUGAGCUUC